CGCAUGCGCAGUAUGCAGAUAGCGCAGAACUGCAGUUGUUGGUCACUGACUGAAGGAGACUUAUAUCGGUUAAAGAUGACAACCUCUUGGAGUGAUCGGCUCCAGAAUUAUGCAGAACUUCCUGCCAACAUGGACGGUUUAUCCAUGAAGAAGUACAGAAGAGAGGUGCAUCACAGCUUACCACAGGAACUGGCCCACUGUCAUCCUUCUAUGAGAGUUUUUGUCAAUAGAAGUUUAGCAAUGGAGAAGAUAAAAUGCUUUGGCUUUGAUAUGGACUACACUCUAGCAGUAUAUAAGUCUCCGGAGUAUGAAUCUCUUGGCUUCGAUCUGACUGUGGAAAGACUGGUUUCCAUUGGUUACCCACAAGAGCUGCUAAACUUUGUCUAUGACCCUGCUUUUCCCACAAGAGGCUUGGUGUUUGAUACAAUGUAUGGAAACCUGCUGAAAGUAGAUGCAUAUGGAAACAUCCUUGUGUGCGCUCAUGGUUUUAGCUUUCUGCGUGGUCCAGAGAUAAGAGAGCUGUACCCAAACAAGUUCAUUCAGCGUGGAGAUACUGAGCGAUUCUACAUCCUCAACACACUUUUCAACCUCCCAGAGACAUACCUCUUUGCCUGCCUGGUUGACUUCUUCACUAGUUGCUCCAGAUAUAGAAGUUGUGAGACUGGCUUUAAAGAUGGAGAUCUUUUCAUGUCUUUCAAGAGCAUGUUUCAGGAUGUCAGAGAUGCUGUGGAUUGGGUCCAUUUCAAGGUAAAGGCUAUUUUUAAGUUAGAUUUCAUACUACUGCUGGGAGCUAAAGGAAAGGACAUCUUGUACAUCGGUGACCACAUCUUUGGAGACAUCCUGAAGUCUAAGAAGCGUCAGGGCUGGAGAACGUUCCUGGUGAUUCCUGAGCUGGCUCAGGAGCUGCAUGUGUGGACUGACAAGAGCACACUGUUUGAGGAACUACAGAGUCUGGACGUUUUCCUGGCAGAGCUCUACAAGCAUUUGGACAGCAGCAGCAAUGAGAGACCUGAUAUCAGCUCUCUUCAGAGGAGGAUUAAGAAAGUUACCCAUGACAUGGACAUGUGCUAUGGGAUGAUGGGAAGUCUGUUCCGCAGCGGUUCUCGUCAGACUCUCUUUGCCUCUCAAGUGAUGCGUUACGCUGACCUGUACGCUGCGUCCUUCAUCAAUCUCCUGUACUACCCUUUCAGCUACAUGUUCAGAGCUGCCCAUGUCCAGUUUGCGGACCAGACAGAGCUGUGA